UGCAAUUCAAUACAACCCAUCAUUGAUUUCUUGGAUACCUCGCGGUUGCGCUUUAUUCAUCCCUACGAGUUCUAAUCAACAAAUCUGCGCAACGUAACAAUGUCAGACCGCAAAAAAAGCAAAGACGGCAGCAGAGGAAAACGAGCCGCCGGUCCAGUCAUCACCGAUCCUCGAUUCGCAAAUAUUCAAACAGACCCUCGCUACCGCCUCCCCAGCAAACGACACACCCACGUGAAACUUGAUAAACGAUUCGCGCAUAUCCUGCACGACAAAGAAUUCUCGAGAAAUGCUGCUGUUGAUCGAUACGGCCGAAAAUUAGCGCGCGAUGAUACAAAAAAGCAUCUGGAACGAUUUUAUCGGCUGGGCGACGAUGAGGGAGAGGAAGAAGAUGAUGGAGAAGACGAUAACGUCAGCGUCGAUGACGACGAGGAGGUCUUGAAAGAAUUGAAGAAAGCUGAUACCAAGGCGGCGGGGUAUGAUCCAGCGCGCGAUGGGGGCUUCUCAGAGUCGUCGUCUUCGGAGGAUGAGUCGAGCGAGGAUGAAGAUGAGGAAGAAGAAACAGACGAAGACGCUCUGGGGGGCGAGGAGUUAGAUUUCCCCGACAAGCAGCGGGAGGAUGUGCCUGUUGGGGAGGUGACGAAUCGCAUUGCCGUGGUCAAUCUGGACUGGGAUAACAUUCGGGCAGAAGACUUGAUGGCUGUAUUCUCGAGCUUCACGCCAACCGGCGGGAAAGUCACGAAGGUUGCUGUUUAUCCGAGUGAGUUUGGAAAGGAGCGGAUGGAGAGGGAGGAGACGGAGGGGCCUCCGAGGGAGAUUUUUGCUACGCAAGACGAGGUUAACGAUGACGAGGAGGAAGAUGAGGACGAAGAGCUUGAUUCUGAAGAGGAGGAGGAGAAGAUCAAGAAUUCGAUCUUGAAGGAGGAUCAGGGCGAGGAGUUCAACACCACGCAACUCCGGAAAUAUCAGUUGGAGCGACUACGCUACUAUUAUGCUAUCCUGACAUUCUCGUCGAAGGAGGUCGCGAAGCAUGUCUACGAUAACGUUGAUGGCGCGGAGUAUCUGUCGAGUGCAAACUUCUUUGACCUCCGAUUCGUGCCUGAUGACACAGACUUUUCAGAUGACCAGCCGCGAGACGAGUGUGAGCGGAUUCCGGAUGGAUACCAGCCGAACGAAUUUGUCACAGACGCUCUUCAACACAGCAAGGUCAAGCUAACUUGGGAUGCGGACGAUAAAUCGCGCAAGGAAGCACAGGCUCGGGCGUUCCGAGGCAGUCGAAAGGACAUUGAUGAGAACGACCUGAAGGCUUAUCUUGCUAGUGACAGCUCUGAUGAUGAAGAGGAGGGGGGGGUUGACAUUAUUGACGGCAUAAAGGGUGAAGGUUCCAAAACGUCCCAGAAGGAGGAAGAAAGAAAACGCAUGCGAGCGCUUCUCGGUUUGAGUGAGGAGCCGGCUUCAGCCUCUAAGUCCGAUGGCCCUGUUGGUGAAAUGGAAGUUACAUUUACGUCUGGUUUGGCAGGUGAACCUGAUCGCGACACAGUUUUCGAGAACGAGCCGGAAGAGACUACCAUCGAGAAAUAUUUGCGUAAAGAGCGCGAAAGGAAGAAGCGCCGAAAGGAAAAGAUCAAGGGUAACAAAGGCGAUGAUGCCGCUGAUGAUGACAACAAGGACGCUGCUGGUGAAGAGAAACAGCAAGAAGACGAGGACCUGGGCUUCAACGAUCCAUUUUUCCUUGAUCCUUCUGAUAAGGCGGCUACUGCUGCUCGUCGGAAGGAAGAAAAACGCAGGAAGCGGACGGAGCGCGCUGCAGAGGAGGCUGCCGCCGCAGCCAAACGGGCCGAACUAGAAUUGUUGAUGAUGGAUGACGACGAUGCCAAGUCUGGAAUGCGGCACUUUGAUAUGAACGAGAUUGUCAAGGCUGAGAAGCAGGCUCGCAAGAAGAAGGGCAAGGGCAAGCAAAAGGGAGAGGCAGCUCCAGUUCCCGACAACUUCGAAAUGGACGUCGGUGAUCCACGAUUCUCGCGUCUUUUCCAAAACCACGAAUUUGCAAUCGAUCCUACCAACCCUCGGUUCAAGCCGACGUCAGGUAUGAAGGCCCUACUCGAGGAGGGUCGUAAACGACGUCGUGACCGCGAUGAGGGUGGAGACGAGGAGGACGAGAGCCGGAAUGGGAAGAAGCAGAAGCAGCGGUCUAAGAAGAGCGCUUCUGCUGAAGAUGGCACGGAUGAUCUUAAGAAAUUAGUGGAAAAGGUGAAACGGAAGACGAAAGCUUGAUUGACCUGCUUGUUGUGCUUGUAUGGGAUCACUACUCUCUAUGGCGCGUCAAAGGCGGCUAUGGAAUUUGGGCAUAUACCAUUCGAAUGACUCGUUUUACUACCGUUACUUGCUGUUUUUAGAACUAUGCUUGCCUACUGUAGA